AUGGCAGACCAACCUCCUCCUAGGCGCACACUUGGAGACGCAUCCAACAUAGUGGGUCCUAUGAACUUUAACAACAUAGCUUUGCCUGCAGACAAUGCAACCAAUAUGGUUAUGAACCCUGCUCUUAUUAAGCUUGUUCAGAGUAAUCAGUUUCACGAAAUGUUAAAUGAAAAUCCAUAUGAUCAAUUAACCACUUUUAGCGAGAUUUGGAACACCGUGAAGAUAAAUGGAGUCUCUGACGACAGGGUUAGACUCAAUCUGUUUCCUUUCUCUCUUGGAGGAAACGCCAAAGCGUGGUUGCAUUCGUUCGAGGAAGGCCUUCAUACUCAGUCUAAAAUGAUGUUAGAUGCUUCCGCUGGAGGCAACAUAAAUACCAAGACUGAAGAUGAGGCAUAUGAAUUGAUCGAGAGGAUGGCCAUGAGUAAAGUGGUACAUAGUGAGAGAGGCGCGCAGAAAGGAGGACUUUUGUAUCUCCUUGCUAAUGAUGCAAUGGCGGGCCAAAAUCAUCUCCUGACCCAGAAAUUGGACAAGCUAACAAAGAUCCUCGCUGAAUUUCCAAUAGGGGUAAGGAAUGUUUCCCAGACUCAACAACUUUGCAAUUUAUGUGGUGGCGACCAUAUCAAUGGUCAAUGUGCUUUCCCUGAGGAGUUGCAGCAGGAUGUUAACUACAUUGGAGCCCAGUUUCAGUACAAGCAAGGUGCUUUCAACCAAGGUAGCUCCAGCCAAGGUUGGAAGAACCACCCUAGUGUAGGGAAAAAUCAGAACAAUUCGUCUGGACCUAUAGGAGGCUUUCGGCAGCAACAACCAUCACCUUUAUGGCAGCAAGUGAGCAACUUGACUAAGACAGUCAGAGACCUUAGUCAUAGAUUUGAUAAAUUCUUCAAAGUCUAUGAGUGUCACCUAAAUAGUAACCAGGCCAGCUUCAUAUCAUCGGAGUCGCAGAUUGGCCAGCUGUCUAAAACGAUAGAAACCACCGAGAAGAAUCAGUUUAGGGCUAAUAAUGAUGUUAACUCUAAGGAUGAGUGCAAAGAUAUUCUUACAAGCCAUAAAAGGAAGGCAGAAGGGGAGCCAACUGAUUUUGAAAACAAUGAAAAAGGAAAGGAGGAGAUGAUGAGUGCUAAUGAAGUCAAUGAGAAAGGAAGCAGUGAAGAUGAAAUUGAACUCACUGAUGAAGAAGAGGAUCUUGAAGAAGACGUUAUUGAGCCAAAAAAGGAAGGAGUUGAAUUCACUGAAGAAGAAGAGGAGUUUGUAGUUCAACCUCAAAAGAUGAAGCAUCCACCUAAAGUGGAAGAUCCAGGAUGUUCAACAAUCUCAUGUGUUCUGAAUGAGUGUGAUGUAGGGGAAGCCAUGAUAGACUCUGGAGCUAGCAUUAAUAUAUUACCCAAGUAUUUCUUAACAAAGUUCAGAGGACUAGUGUUGAAACCAUCUAGUGUUAUUGUGACGAUAGCAGAUGGAUCCAUGGCAAAACCAAUUGGUAUGGUGGAGGAUGUUAUUGUGUGA